AUGGAGAUAGAAGAUACGUGCAAGGUUGUCCUGAGGGUUUAUACGCUUGGAGAUGCGGAGCUGAGUAGGUUUAUAGCAUCAUCUCUUGGAAAGCAGGAGGCACGUAUAUGGCAUACAUCUAUUGAGGUGUUUGGUGCAGAGUAUUACUUUCAGAAUGGAAUUAUGAAAGCGAUGCCUGGAAGCACGAUACAUGGCAUUCCUGUGGCUAUGCAUGACCUUGGUGUAACAAGCAUACCUGAGAUUGUGUUUGAUGACUUCUUGCGCUCAAUACAGGAUGACUUUGCACCUCAUAAAUACCAUUUGCUCAGGAACAAUUGCAAUGACUUUAGCAAUACACUCGCAAUAUACUUGGUUGAGCAAAGUAUUCCUGAAUAUAUUCUGGAACUUCAAAGGGCUGCAUUGAAGUCUGAAUGGAUGUCUUCUGCUGUAGAUAUGUUUUUUGGGAAAUAA